AUGGAGCCACAAUCGGCCAUGUCGUGGUCCGAGCAGCUUCAUGAGAAUACUCUCAUCCCCGUCCCCGGGGAAGAUGAAUUCUCCAAUUUCCUCGAGUUCGACAUGCACUUCUCCGACAUGGAAGGGCACGGACCAGCACAUUCCCAGAUGCAGGAGCAACAUUCAAUGGGACACCCUCCCACCACUACUGCGCCCACCACUAUGGCCUCAGAUCCACGAUCGCAUCCUUACCCUACCUCCAUGGAGGGGCUCGCAAUGGAUUUUUCCCACCAUACCACCCAGUCGCAACCCUCCAUGCCAUACGCCUCCACUCCCAGCAUGACCCCGGGCUUCUGCGCCCAGGAUGCCUCACAUAUGUCACAACAGUCAGGCCAACAUUACAUGCAAGGCGCUCCCAUGAUCCCACCUACUCCAAAUAGUAUCGAAAUGCACGGCAAUGCCGUCCGAUACUCCCAACGCAUGGAUGACAACCCGGAGAUGUAUGAUCAUCGAUAUUCACGCGUCGAGGAUCAGGUAUGUAUUAGAUUUGAUGUACCUAACCCUUUUUCCCCGGGCCUCACUUGCUCACCAGGUCGCCAGGCGCUGUACACUCCUCUCGUCUCGCCUGCCAUGACACCACUGGAGAAUCAAUUCCAACUGGACGGCUUUGCGGUUCCCGGGGAAUAUAGCAUCACCCCUCUCACUUCGCCCGCUCUGGAGGCCCAGCCUCACUCCACCAAUGGCUUCUAUCACUCAAGACAUAUCUCAGAUGUCGGUUUCGUCGCCAACAACGUCGAUCCUCAUUCGCUCCCGGGCACUUCGGCCCCCGGCUCUCCCAGUAUCAUUCGCAAGACCAAUCGCCGCCGAACCUCAACCGCUUCUCGCCUCUCUGGACGAAGCAAGGUCAAACAAUCACCCUCUAUCCGCGCCCAGACCCAGCGCAAGGGAAGACAGGUCCCCAAUUCCGAGGAGUUUUACAAUAGCCUGUCCCAGGAAUUGAGUAGGCCGCAGAACAAUGAUGUGCGCUCGCUCCAGGCAAGCAGCACCGAAGGCUCCGGUCAGGAUUCGGUUUCGCCUGAACCGCUAUCAGAACCAUUAAUGCUACCCCCAGCGCUACCUUCGUCCCGAAAGUCCCCAGCCAUCGCUCCCCAACCGGCACAACCUCCCAGUGCUGCCACGCCAGCCACCCUUAUGCGCAUUCAGCGGGCACAGCACACCCAAGACCCCUCCGGAAAAUUUAUGGGGCGAGCUCAACUAGAAUACCAUGACGAGACCAUGGAAGACAUCUCUCUGCCUGAGGCGGUGGCAACCUCGCAACCGCGCCCUAAGAUCAAUCGCAUUGACACCAGCCUUCGGACCAACAUGGCCAGCCCCGCUAUUUCGGCGAACCUGACUCCUUCCCUUGAAUCAAGGUCGGCCCCGCCAAGCGGGUCUAUUGCGAUCAGCCCUCGAACAGCCGCAAUGCCAUCUCCCAGUGGACCGAUCCCGAAAAGAUCAGACCCAUCCAGGUCUUCCAUAUCUGGUCGGAAACGGCCGAGUGUAUCUUCCACACAGGCCAGCCCCCAACUGCGACCAAAGAUUAGCCCAAGUAUCCAGCCCUUGAUGCGCGCCGGAGAUUUUGCCCAAGAUGCACUUUUGGCUUCCAAGUCGAACUAUCAGCAUAUACUUGACGGCACAUUGCCUUCGGGUGUUUCGUACCCAGAGACCUUGGCCGAAAAUCUUAGCUCCAAGCGUACCAACCAUAAAUUGGCCGAACAGGGCCGACGAAACCGCAUCAACAGCGCUCUCAAAGAAAUCGAAGCUUUGGUUCCACCAGACUUUGUUCAGGCUCGACUAGCCAAGGAGGCUGCAUUAACAGGGAUCAAGCCUGGCGACAAGGAGAAAGACAAAUCAGCCAACCAGGCUAUCAGCAAGGCCAGUGCCGUGGAAAUGGCCAUUGACUAUAUCAAGUCCUUACAAAAAAGCCUUGAUGAAACUGCUGCCAAGUUGGCCGCGACUGAGGCUAAGCUCGCCGGUUUCACUCUCAAUGAUGAGAGCAACACUCCGACGGCCAGCAGUAGCGAGGAGGUGGCUGGCAAAACCGACGGUCUUGAGUCGGAAGUCAAGAGUUCAUGA